AAUAGAUGAAAUAAAUUGAGAGAAAAUGACAGAAAAAAGGUAGCGCAGGGAGACAAUCGUGCUUCGCUGCAUCGCCUUGUGCUCAUCAUCGCGUGAAACUCCAUUGAAGAGAGGACGAUUCGUCGUCGUCCACGUCACUCACACCUAGAAAUGGAUGGAACAAUCCAAGAUGGAAGAACCGUGGAUUCAUUCUUGCGGAACUACAAGCUCGGAAAGACUCUUGGGAUUGGCUCAUUUGGUAAAGUUAAAAUUGCUGAACACGCAUUGACUGGCCACAAAGUUGCUGUCAAGAUCCUUAACCGCAAGAAAAUUAAGAAUAUGGACAUGGAAGAAAAAGUAAGACGAGAAAUCAAAAUUUUGAGAUUGUUUAUGCAUCUUCAUAUCAUUCGUCUGUAUGAGGUCGUGGAGACACAGUCUGAUAUUUACGUUGUGAUGGAGUAUGUUAAAUCUGGUGAAUUGUUUGAUUAUAUUGUGGAGAAAGGCAGGUUACAUGAGGAUGAAGCCCGCAUCUUCUUUCAGCAGAUAAUAUCGGGAGUGGAAUAUUGCCAUAGGAAUAUGGUGGUUCACCGGGAUCUGAAGCCAGAGAACUUGCUUUUGGAUUCUAAAUUGAACGUGAAGAUUGCUGAUUUCGGCUUGAGUAACAUCAUGCGUGAUGGUCAUUUCCUGAAGACAAGUUGUGGAAGCCCCAACUAUGCUGCUCCAGAGGUUAUAUCUGGUAAAUUAUACGCGGGGCCUGAAGUGGACGUGUGGAGCUGUGGUGUUAUUCUCUAUGCACUUCUUUGCGGCACCCUUCCCUUUGAUGAUGAGAACAUUCCUAAUCUUUUCAAGAAAAUUAAGGGUGGAAUUUAUACCCUCCCCAGCCAUUUAUCGGUUGGUGCUAGAGAUUUGAUUCCUAGGAUGCUUAUUGUUGAUCCAACUAAGCGAAUGACUAUUCCCGAGAUUCGUGCUCACCUUUGGUUCCAAGCUCAUCUGCCCCGCUACUUAGCUGUUCCGCCGCCAGAUACAACACAACAAGCUAAAAAGAUUGACGAAGAGAUUCUUCAUGAAGUGGUUAAUAUGGGAUUCGACAGGAAUGUGCUUCUUGAUUCUAUUCAAAACAGAGUUCAAAAUGAGGGUACUGUUACGUACUAUCUGCUGCUAGACAACAGGUUUCGUGUAUCGGGUGGCUACCUUGGAUCCGAAUUUCAAGAAACUGUGGAACUCGGAUAUAACUCAACUAAUCCAAGUGAGACUGUAGCCUCUCCUGUUGGGCAACGAUCUCCUGGAGCUAUCGACUAUCAACAAUUGGGGGGAAGGCAAUUUCCAUCCGAGAGGAAAUGGGCACUUGGACUCCAGUCUCGAGCCCAUCCGCGCGAGAUAAUGGCUGAAGUUCUCAAAGCUCUUCAAGAAUUGAAUGUUUACUGGAAAAAGAUUGGGCAGUACAACAUGAAAUGCAGAUGGGUUCCUGGCGAUCCUGGUCAUAGUGAAGGAGCAGUUAAUAAUUCUAUGCACGACAACAAUUAUUUUGGGGAUGAAUCUUCUAUCGUCGAGCUUGGUGCCAAUAUUAAGCCACAGCAUGUAGUCAAAUUUGAAGUGCAGCUUUACAAGACCCGCGAAGACAAAUAUUUGCUCGAUCUGCAGAGAGUCCAGGGUCCGCAGUUCCUUUUCCUUGAUCUGUGCGCUGCAUUCCUAGCUCAGCUACGUGUGCUCUGAUUUUUAGCAGCGAAACAUCUUCUCGUCCGGGGUGGAGAAUUACAAGGUGAUGUAUGUGUAUAUAAUUGUUUCCAGCUAAAUGUCGAAUCUCCUCCUUAGAGACGAACGUCGUGCCAAGCUGAUAAAUUUUGCUCCAACGCGCCAGGAGUUGGCUUCUGCGACGACAUUCCAUCUGCUGUAACUUUUGUUGUCUUAAUAUUGUGCAAUCCUAAAGAGACCAAAGCCUCUCAUCAACACCUGAAAAUAUUGUGGUAGUCGACCUAAGUUGUGUCAGCUGUAACUUUGCUUAUGUAAUCAUGUAAUAGAAUUUCAAUUAAGCAGGUUGAUGUCAACACUUAUUUAGCUGUAGAGCUUAGGUUUAUUUUCUCAUAAGAUCCCAGUUUUAUUCAAUAAUACGGCUCUGGGACUGAAGGUUUUUGUUGUACUAGUAUUUUAUGUUGUUGUAUCAUGUUUCAUCCUAUUUUGAAGGGCCGAUUGCUACAACAUAUGCUAUAGGUUCACAAUGAAAAUAGUUUUUAUCUUUUUA